UGGGUGUUUCCGUCGAGAUGUGUUGAUGUGGCUGGAUUCCAGAGUCUGUUGCUAAAGUUGAACUGUAAACAAACUUCAUGGACAACUCCGUGAAAGAAAAAGAGGCAAUGGCUCUCAUGGCAGAGGCUGAAAAGAAAGUGAAAUCCUCGCAAUCGUUCUUCGGCUCUCUGUUUGGGGGAUCUUCAAAGAUGGAGGAUGCCUGUGACAUGUAUGGAAGAGCAGCAAACAUGUUCAAGAUGGCCAAAAACUGGAGUGCUGCAGGUAACGCCUUCUCCCAGGCAGCCCUUCUACACCUGCAGAUGCAGAGUAAACAUGAUGCAGCCACAAACUUCAUUGAUGCCGGCAAUGCCUUUAAAAAAUCUGAUCCUCAAGAGGCCAUAAACUGCCUGAACAGAGCCAUUGAGAUCUAUACAGACAUGGGUCGAUUCACAAUCGCAGCAAAACACCACGUCACCAUUGCCGAGAUAUAUGAGAGUGAACUGGUUGACAUUGACAAGGCCAUAGCCCACUAUGAACAGGCAGCAGACUAUUAUAAAGGCGAGGAGUCCACCAGUUCAGCCAACAAGUGUCUGCUCAAAGUCUCCACCUAUGCAGCUCAACUGGAGCAGUACCCCAAAGCAAUUGAGAUCUAUGAACAGGUUGCAACGCAUGCAAUGGAUAGCACUCUGCUGAAAUACAGUGCAAAGGACUAUUUCUUUAAGGCAGCUCUCUGCCACUUCUGUGUGGACAUGCUUAAUGCUAAGCUUGCCCUCCAGAAGUAUGAGGAAAUGUUUCCAGCCUUUUCAGAUUCACGCGAGUGCAAACUGGUGAAGAAACUUUUAGAGGCCUUUGAAGAACAGAAUGUGGAUGCAUAUACUGAUGCUGUGAAGGAAUAUGACACCAUCUCUCGACUGGAUCAGUGGCUCACCACCAUGUUGCUUCGUAUCAAGAAAACCAUACAAGAAGAUGAAAGUGACCUUCGCUAAGACCUUCUUCCUGUCCUCUGGCCCUACUUCUGUCCUUUACGCUCAUCCGUGCCUUUAACACCAUGACCCUCCAUGACUUCAGUACGAUGGUCGACUAUCACCAACUUUCUCUCAGUGCCUUAAAGGGAUUGGUCACCCAAAAAUAAAAAAAUCUGUCAUCAUUUACUCACCCUCAUUUAGUUACAUUCCAAGCAACUGUCUUUCAUCCACGGAACACAAAAGUAGAUGUUAGGGGGGAGUGUUAACCUCAGUCGUAAUGAAAGUGAACUAAAAAAGUGAGAGUAAAUAAUGACAGAUGUGUCAUUUUUGGUUAACUAUCCCAGUGAUUUCUGUGCUUCAUCUCUCUUACGACAUGGCAUGCUGCUCAGUCAUGGACACGGUCAUACCGCCAGACCUCAAAGUACACAGCACAGAAAGGCUGGUUGUUUUAAAUGGGAUCUGAGGGAGUAUCGCAUGGAAACUGAAACCAGCAACCAGUAAUAAAACGGGGUGCUGUGCACACCAAGCUUCAGAAGAGGAGCCAGUGCCUUGUGCUCUGGCUGAAACAGAGCGCCUGUUUUACUGUGCACAAAAAGCCUUUGUUCAUUCUGUUAUACUCUUUAGUAAAGGCUUAAGUUUGUAUUCUUUUCAGAAAUACCACAUUGUAUCGCUACAUCGUUUUUGCUUGAUGUUUCCUGCAUAUAUUAACCUUGGGGAAUAUUUCAGAAAUGCUGUUCUCAUUUGUGUUUUUUUUUUUUUUUUUUAAGUUAUAAGAAAAAAUGAUCAAGAGGAUAAUUGAAAUCUUGCUUUGUUGCAACAUUCAGGGAUGCAAACUACUCACCUUUCAGAUUAAGUAACCUUUUGAGAAACUCGUUUGUCCACAUUUUUGGUGGAAUAUUCUACAUUUUUCUUAUUAAAAGUGCUUAAACACCUAAAAAAAUAAUAAAAAAGAAGCAACUUUAAAUAGAACAAACAAAUGAACUGAAAAGAUACAUCUAGAACACUUCUGGUGAGCUAAGCAUCUCUUAACAUUUUUCCUGAUUGGUUUAUGAAAUGCUUUUAAUUCAUUCUUAAUUAUUCAUCAUGUCUUGCAAUGAAUGCAUGGUCCUCUUUGUAAUUAAACUCUGAAAUACUCCAGGCCUACUAGAGUGGUUAGUUUCUUAUUAAAGGCAUAUCCAACCAUAA